AUGCUCCCAGCAGCCUGGAUUCCCGCUGCUUUCUGCACUCCUCCUCCUGUCUUUGGGGAGCCCAGCAAGUACCAAGGGGGCGGGCCGGGGCGGGGCUACCGAACGGUUAUAGUAGGACCCGCCUGGGGCCAACGACUCGCCUCUAGCCCCAGCACUCUGACUCCCAAACGCCCCGAUUCUGCCGCGCUCACAGACCCAGCAGACCCGGUUCCUGGCCCGCCUCGCCGGAGGGGGGCCCUCGACGUGAGCGCGCUGGCGCGAAUCCCGGGAGUGCGGGGCCCGGGGCCGGGGGCUUCUACGAGCCGGCCUCUGCUGGCGUUGCUGCUGCUUCUGCUCUUACUGCCGCUGCCUGCCGGCGCCUGGUACAAGCACGUGGCGAGUCCCCGCUACCACACGGUGGGCCGCGCCGCCGGCCUGCUCAUGGGGCUGCGCCGCUCGCCCUACCUGUGGCGCCGCACCUUGCGCGCAGCCGCGGGGCCUCUCGCCUCGGAUACCCUCACCCCACGGCCCGCGGCCUCCAACUCUCUCCUUCUGCUUCCAUCGCGGGUGCAGGAGCUGUGGGAGGCGCGACGCAGGAGCUCGUGGGCAGGGCUCCCCGUCCGUGCGCCCCGGAGACCGCGCGCCUCCGAGCCGGCGCCCGUACCCGAGUCGCGGCUGGGUUCCAGUUCCUGGACCUUAACGGGGUCGGCCAGAGCCUUCGGAGAGACGUCUCUAGCCCAGCUAUGGCCCCUGCGCAAACCGCCUUCGCUGGCCCUCGUCAGGCUCCUGUACUACCCUGAGAGCGUCCCCGAUCCGCCGCGCCCUGGUGGCGCUGCACUGCAGCUGUUGCAGUGUACAGCCACUGACGCGCACCUCCGACGGGGCGGGGGCGAGGGCGGGGCCAAGGACGGGGAGGACGGAGCCGGGCCGCCCAUCCUCCGGGAAGGCGAAUUUCCUGCCUCUCCUUUCUGCCCCUCCUCGCUUUCAGAGGAAGCCUGA